AUGCUCUCGUUCGUAGUAACAGCACUUAAUAUACUCUUUACAAUAGGAAAUUUAGCAUUUAUCGCCGCACACAAACAAUACUAUAUUGACGAAUGUGUUGAAAAAUUAUCACAGAAAUCGUAUACAUAUUACACCUAUUAUACCAGUUAUUCUUCUGAUUAUUAUAAAAUCGCUUGUAGUAACGCGUAUGUAAAAGUGUAUUAUCUUUUCAUAGGUUUGGGAAUCGUCUACAUUUCGUUAUCGAUUUAUUUCUCGAUGGUAAUUGCUGCGUAUGGACGAGCUAAACGCAAGGAAGAGCGUCCUGCAGAGCAGGCAUUAGAAGAGGCGCAGCCGACAUACGAAUUGGCAAUGUUACGGCAGACAGAGGCGCUGCCGACAUACGAAGUGGUGUCGCAGCAGACGUUAGAAAUGGAGAGUUUACAAGUAGACAAGAUUACAGCAGACGUUAGAAGAGGCAAUAGUCAGGGACAUCAAUGA